GCGUGCUCUUUGCCUCGCUAUCUUUACUCUUUCCCGAAAGUCGCUCUCUUCACGCUCUUCUACUUCACUCUUCACAUCUGAUACCAUACUUUCCCCCCACUUUCUCCCUACUUCUAUUGUUUUCCAUCAAUGGCUAUCAACCGAGACCCCCCUCCCCCACCUACGAUCGGCAAAAUCGGGCCUUACACUGUGUUCAUGACCCCACCUUCGACCCCAAAGCCUUCUCAGCCGCCGGUCUUCGCUUCUUCCAACAAGAUCGUCACUCCACCACCGGUGCAGCCUCCGCCGCUUCAGUUCCAUAAAUCUGCGAAGUCCAUUGACUCCAGUGGACCUGUUGUGGGCUUCUUUAAGAACGCCGUCACAAAGGUGCAGAAUGCGCAUUCGAGUUUAGAUGAUCAUUUGGCGCGCUGGUUUGGGUUGAAUCAGUCAAAGUAUCAAUGGGCGCUAGACGAUUAUCACGAGAGCAAGGGAUUGGAAAAGGGAGAUGCCAGAGCAAAAGAUAUAUCAAGCAAAGUACAGAGUGUGUAAAAUGCUUGUUGGCUGAAUUUUUAGAAAUGGCAGUCUCUGCAGACUCUCCGUUUGGAUAUACUAUAUCUAUAUACCUAUGUAUUGAAUGGCAGAAGUGCAGCAAAUUUGUAAAGGUUCCUUUGAGCAACGUCUGGGAUCUGGGUAAUGCGAUUCUCCCCUGGAGAAGCAGCAAACUGAACUUGGUUGUGUGACAAGUCUAUGAGCCGUGUAAUCUCAUUUCAUGUUGGUUGUUUUUUUUUUUUUUGGGUCCGAGUUCUUUGGUUCAUGUACACCGAUCUGAUACCAACUCAUUAGUUUGGUCAAGUUCUUGGGCCCUGUACCUUGCAAACUGUUGUUUGUAUUGGUAAUUGUAGGUGUUUUUUUAUAAUUUUAUC